GGAUUUUUCAAACAAACAUGGCAGCCCUCUGGCGCCGCACGUCGUAUGAAGGUUGUUGAUUUAACAGUAUGUCCCUACAAGUAUCGUAAAUAUGCUCAACCUCACUUUACGAGAGGUUUCCGUUGCACUCAGAGAGGGAAACAUUUCUCCAACUGAGCUGUGUAGGAAGUGCCUGAAUCGGAUCAAGCAAACAGAACACCUAAAUGCUUACAUUACGGUUACCGAAGAACCGGCACUGAAGCAGGCUCAAGAAGCAGAGACCAGACUCCUACAAGGUGCUCUCAGAGGCCCUCUGGAUGGAGUUCCUUUUGCAGUCAAAGACAACUUCAGCACAAAGAACAUCAAGACAACAUGCGCUUCAAGGAUGUUAAAAGAUUAUACGCCACCAUACAAUGCUACAGUAGUGCAGAGGCUUUUGGACCAAGGAGCUGUCCUUCUUGGGAAGACCAACAUGGAUGAGUUUGCUAUGGGCUCAGGCAGUACUGAUGGUGUAUUUGGACCAGUGAAGAAUCCCUGGAGCUACGCUGCUCCCUACUGUGAGCGGACAGGAGCGGUACCAGACACUGACUGGGUCAUCACUGGAGGAAGUUCGGGUGGAAGCGCUGCAGCUGUGGCCUCUUUCACCAGCUAUCUGGCUUUAGGGUCGGACACAGGUGGUUCCACCCGUAACCCAGGAGCGCUUUGUGGGGUUGUGGCGCUGAAGCCAACCUACGGACUGCUUUCUAGACAUGGGCUCAUACCUUUGGUCAACUCCUUUGACGUUCCAGGCAUUCUGACACGCACUGCCAGUGAUGCAGCCAUUGUCUUAGGUAUUCUCCAAGGCCUCGACACACGAGACUCCACAACAGUUCCUCCACCCCCAUCGCCGACAGAGCUGCAGGAAGAUUUUGACGUUAAAAAACUAAGCGUUGGCAUUCCAAAGGAGUUCCACGCCACGGGCCUGUCUGAGGAGACCGUUGCACAGUGGAGUCGUGUCGCUGACAUGUUUGAGAAAGCAGGUGCACGAGUGGAGCAAGUGUCCCUCCCCCACAGCCAGUAUUCCAUUGCGUGUUACCACGUCCUGUGCUCUGCUGAGGUGGCAUCUAACAUGGCCCGUUUUGAUGGCCUAGAGUAUGGCCACCGUAGCCAAGUAGACAGCUCCACUGAGGCCAUGUAUGCUACCACCCGACACGAGGGCUUCAAUGACGUUGUGCGAGGGAGAAUAUUAUCUGGCAACUACUUCCUGCUCAAACAGAACUACCAGCACUACUUCGUGAAAGCCCAGAGGGUUCGCCGGCUAAUAGCGGACGAUUUCAAGCGCGUGUUCAGCUCGGGUUUUGACGUGCUGCUGACACCCACCACUCUCUCGGACGCCGCACGGUAUUCGGACUUCAUGCAAGAAGACAACCGAACACGCAGCUCGCAGGACGAUGUCUUCACCACGCCAGCCAACAUGGCAGGUCUCCCAGCUGUUUCUGUGCCAACCGCCUUAUCCAGACGAGGCCUUCCCAUUGGUUUACAGCUCAUAGGCCCCGCCUUCCAAGACAAGAAGCUACUCUGUGUUACCCGGUGGAUCGAGCAGAGGGUUGGCUUUCCCUUCAUCAGUGACUUUGAGGAAUCCAACAGGCAGGAUUUGAGUUUCACUCUUAACCUUGCAGGGGGGCAGAGAUAAUAAAUACGUGGAUGGUCCAAAUUUACUUUUGUGAAGUUGAAAUUAAGUAUAAAAAGAAAGCUUUACUUUGAAAGCCAUCGAUCCAUAAGUACUAGGGGGCAGGGGGGGGGGAACAGAGGUCAGGACAUCAUGGACUUAAACUGGCGAACACAAAGGACACCAUGAAUUAUUGUUAUCAUCAUCAAGCUCAUUUAAAAAGUCAGAUUUUUUCAGAGAAAAUGAUAACCUGAUAAUACAGUACAGGCUCUUAUAAAGCAGUACUUGAUAUAUGACACAGAUUAAAUACAUUCAUACUGCUUUUGUUUUCGUUCUCUUUUUGGUUUGUUUUUAACAGUAAUUCCACCACAGAAAAGUUUUAAUUUUUCCUGAAGUGUUUAGUCAGCUCAGAUGAAAUUAACCCAGUCAUCCAAUUAGAGAGCUGGAAAGGUGCUAAAUCAAGUGUCUACAGAAUGUGUUAUAGCCUAGUCUCUGGUGACUCCCGCCACAAAUAACCCCUGACCUGUUUCUCCAUGUGAAGCCCUAAUUGGCCUUAAUAUGCUUGCUGGAAUAAUAAUUAAGUGUAUGAAGCUGCUUGAUUGUUACGGCAUGAAAAGUAAACAUCCUUCACCUAUCUUUGGCUUCACAAAUAUACCCUUUCCCUUGUGUUCAGCAGGGAAAAUCAAAUUAUAUUUAUUCAUAAGAAGCUCCAUCAUUCUCUAGUUAAAAGCUGGUACCUCCAAAUCCCCAAAAUCCCAGCUCACUGUUCCUACAAUUAGCAAGCUAAUAUCAGGCCGGUUAAGUUUAGAUCACCCCUGCUUUUAAUGUGGCAAGACUGAAUAAUAGUAAGAAAGAUUGUUCCACAAGUCAUAAAAAAGGCCCAUGGUGUUGCUACCUGCUCAUUCAUUUGUCACUUACAUUACAAAGCAAACAAACACAUGGCACACAGACCUGAAAACUCUUUAAUAUAAAAUAAAUCCUAGGUUUCGAUUUCCUGAGUUCUGUGUACAGGAUGUGGUGACACAACUCAACCAGAACCACCUCUGUUUUUUUUUUCCACCAUGGCACUCAAUGUUUCUCAGAAGAAAAUCUCAUAUUAGCAUUAGCAUAAGCAUGACAAUAAAAUAUGAAGACAUGUGGCCAUUGCACAUACAUUAUGGAAUAAAUUGUGUUGCACUGCACUUGUAGGGGUGGGUGGAUUGAUCCAAAUAUUCAUAGUAUCGAUGCCAAAGGUAAGCAUGAGUAUCGGAGUGAUACUCAUGAUGAGAUUGACAUUUUUUGUUGUUAUUGUUAUAUAUUGGAAUUUCAGGAAUUUUGGUAGCUCGAGCCAAUACCAACGUUUUCAGUAUUGCCCACCCCCACAGCAUAGUGAUGUUUUCCUGUGCUAUAGAUCUUCUGCUUGACAAGGUCAUGGUUUCAUGGUUAUAUGAAAAAUACACAUCCCUAUUACAAGUCAACAAUUAUAUCAUCUAAUGCAGUGAUUCUCAACUGGGUCGUGGGUCGUUGUCUGGGGGGGAAAAGAAAAAAAAAUCGAUUCUAAUGCCAAAUAUUUGAUUUUCUUAAGCUCUCUGUUUGUUUCCCUCCCCCCCACACCUGGGCUCAAGUUUCCGAGUGGCAGGAAGAGGGCGGUAAGUAAGUGGUCACACUCUGGCGGUCACCUUAAAGGUGAACUCUUGUCUCCAUUAUCUGACCACACUCCAGUGGUGUUCAAGAGUCACUGCAACACUGCAGGAAUGUGCCCACUGCAAGUUCUAAAAGUGGUGGCGCUCAUCUUAAAAUGUCAAAACCAGAGAAACGGACGUGUGCGAUGGUGGUGAAAGUGGCACCAGGAAGUAUGAGAAAGGAAUGAGGGAGCAGGAUUUUUCAGUAUGAAGUUUGGCUUUUGGAAGACAAGCUGGACAAUGCAGCCAUUGUCAUGAGAUCAGGGUGGGAUGUAAUUCCCCACAUAGAUCGAGACCAAGAAGGGAAGGCGGGGGGCAGGUGAAUGCAACUAGUCACUCUUUGACAGAGCCCCCCCCCCCCCUUAGAAGGCCCAAACACUA